GAAUGCAGGUUGCUGUUGUUGUGGCUGGCGGCUGAGAGCCGUGUGCCCGGUGAUAAGGGAGGGUCUUGUUGCAGAGCCGCCCCGUCCGUGUGCUGGGAGUGAGCUGCUCACUGGGCUCCAGCCGCAGCCAUUCGGGCCAUCCUCAGGCUGAAGGGGGCAUGGUCCCCGGGCAGUGAGCCCCCUCCCUGCAGCUGCCGGACACAGGGGCCCAAGCCCCGCCACAACAAAGGUGAAGGCCAUGAUGAAGACUUUCCACUCCACUCCUGCCAUGCUGAAUGUUCCAGCCAAGAAUUCCUACCGGAUGGUUAUCCUGGGAGCCUCCAAAGUGGGAAAGUCUUGUAUUGUCUCCCGUUUUCUGAACAGCCGGUUUGAGGAGCAGUACACUCCGACCAUUGAGGAUUUCCAUCGCAAGGUCUACAACAUCCGCGGGGACGUCUACCAACUCGACAUCCUCGACACGUCCGGGAACCACCCCUUCCCCGCCAUGAGGCGGCUCUCCAUCCUCACAGGCGAUGUCUUCAUCCUGGUCUUCAGCCUGGAUAACCGCGGCUCCUUUGACGAGGUGGAGCGGCUGCGGAGGCAGAUUAUUGAGUGUAAGACCUGCCUCCGGGACAAGGCCAAGGCGGCGGCGGCGGCCGCGGUCCCGAUGGCGGUUUGCGGGAACAAGGUGGACCGGGCCGAGCUGCACCGGGAGGUCCGGGCCGAGGAGGCCGAGCGCCUGGUGGCCGGGGACGCCAACAGCGCCUACUUCGAGAUCUCGGCCAAGAAGAACUCGAACGUGGAGGAGAUGUUCCGGGCCCUGUUCACCUUGGCCAAGCUGCCGGAUGAAAUGAGCCCGGCCCUGCACCGCCGCCUCUCCGUCCAGUACUCGGAGGCUCUGCACCGCAAGUCGUUCCGCCUGCGGCGCGGGGCCAAGGAGCUCGGCGCCUUCGGGAUGGUGUCGCCCCUGGCCCGCAGGCCCAGCCUCAACAGCGACCUGAGGUACAUCAAGGAGAAGGUGCUGGGCCGAGGGCAGGACCGCCAGCGAGAGAAAUGCCUCAUCCAGUGAGUCCCGGCCCCAGAGCCAGCCCUGACCCAGCUCCUGGUAACUUUCACAUCAUGUCAGUAUCAGUUUAUUUCCCGGUGUAAGACCCGAGGGAUUGCUCCAACUGUAUCUGGGUCUGAUCUCUGCAAAGUGCGGGCCAUUGCAGCUCAUUCCCAACUCUUGGCUCCUUCAAGACAUGGGGUGGGUUGUUUCUGCUGUGGACAACUGUCCGUGUUGGUGGCUUCACGUUUAUUUCAAUGUACUUUAUUGGAAUGAGAUCCGUUCCUUUCUAAAGUAUCAUCUCUAACCCUACUGCUGAAUGUUUACACUUUACUCAAUCUGUCUGUUCCAAUCCUAUUACCUCCUUCCUCCAUGAACCACUGUCCUGGCAACUCCUCUCUGGCCAAUGUCCCAUCCCUCCUCUCAGCUUCUCUUGCCUCCAUCACUCAACUUGUGCUCACUGUCAUACUCUUGUCCACAGUUUUCACCCUCCCCACAGCUCUUGUCUGCUGUUCUGACCCCUGUUCAAUGUCCCAUCCACACUCCCUUACCCUCCCUUUCUCACUAACACCCAGCUCGUGUCCAAUUUACCUCCCUCUCUCUAUACAUUUCUGACCCUAUCCACUGAGUUUCACUGCACUCUUCCAGGGCACAAUGAUGUAUUAUAUCUAUUCCAACCCUGGGCAUCUUUCGAUUCUGUCCAUUUCUCAUUUCUUUCCCUCCAGCUCAUUCCAUUCUGGUUAUGCUUUCUGCAGCGAGAUUCAAUAAAGUUGAAACUUGCCAUAA